AUGGCAUUCCAAGUCCAGUAUCGAGGGCUUGAAGCAGGCCACCGACUGGGCUACAGAGGUUUGGAACGACCUGCCAACGAGGUGUGGCCUCAUGCAGAGACUGCCUUUGAGGUCUUGGAUGUUUUCUUUGGGGUUGUCUUCACACUCGAGCUGCUUUUGAAGUUCUUGGGGAGUUCGCUUGAGUUCUUCAAGGACGUGUGGAAUCUGCUGGAUGGUCUGGUCCUGGCGAUCUGGUACGUGGAGCGGAUGACGGCAACUGCAUUUCCGCUGGAUCCAAUGAUUUUGCGGCUCUUCCGUCUGACUCGCCUCAUGCGGAUGGUCAGGCUGGUCAAGAUAUUCGAGCAGUGUGACGCCCUGUACUUGAUGCUGACCUCGAUUCGAGCAUCAUUUGCUGCACUGGCCUGGUCGAGCGCCCUGCUGGUGUUGAUCCAGAUGAUGCUUGCCCUGGCAAUGGUGACGAUAGUCGAGCCAUACUUGACAAAUCCCAACAGUCCAGGAGAUCGCUACGACGUUUACAAGUACUACGGGACUUUCACGCGUGCUAUGCUUACCUUGUUUGAGAUCACCCUGGGAAACUUUGUCCCCGUCACUCGCCUGAUGAUGAGCGAUGUGUCUGAAAUCUACGUUGUGUUUGCGCUAAUUCACAAGCUGGUGAUUGGCUUUGCGGUGGUGAUGGUCAUCACGGGUGUCUUCAUUCAAGAGACCGUGACCGUGGCACAAACAGACAACACGAUCAUGCUGACGCAGAAAGAGCGUGCUCUAAAUCUGCACAUGUCCAAAAUGACGGCAUUAUUCAAAGCAGCCGACUUCGACGAGAGCGGCCGGUUGGAUCGCGGCGAAUGGUUGCAGGUGUGUGACGACUACUCCGUGCAGCUCUGGCUGGCUGCUAUGGGGCUAGACGUCAGCAACGCAGCACUUGUCCAUGAGCUGAUAUGCGCUGCCACUGGGUUGGAGGAUCUUUGUGCGAAAGACCUGGUCAUGGGCGUGGCGCGUCUCAAAGGCGCUGCCAGGAACAUUGAUAUGGCACUCUUCCGGAAAGACGCUGGGCCGUACAACGGGGCUUAA